GCGUUGUGAUUGGCCCGCAGGAACGUCUCGGAGCGCGCGCGGGAGCGAGCUUUGAAAGUUGAGCCCCGCGGAGGCGCGCGGCGCCUGGGGAUCAUGGAGGCGCUGCGGGGCCUGGAGAGCGGCCUGCAGCCGUGGUGCCCGGUGGAUCUCAGCCUCGAAUGGGUGGAUACAGUAUGGGAACUGGACUUCACAGAGACUGAGCCUUUGGAUCCCAACAUAGAAGCAGAGAUCAUAGAGACUGGAUUGAAUGCAUUCACAAAACUCUAUGAAAGUCUUUUCCCCUUUGCCACUGAAGAACACGGAUCCACAGAGAGCAUUUGGACCUUCCUCAUUGAGAACAAUAUUUCCCACAGUGCUUUGGUGGCAUUAUUCUAUCACUUUGUUCAAAUAGUCCAUAAGAGAAGUAUCAGUGUACAAUACCGAGAGUAUGGCCUUCAUGCUGCUGGACUUUAUUUUUUGCUACUAGAAAUACCAGGCAGUAUAGCCAAUCAAGUUUUCCACCCAGUGAUGUUUGACAAAUGCAUUCAGAUCCUAAAGAAGAGCUGGCCCCAAGAAUUUAACUUGAGUCGGAAAAGAAAGAAAGAGCAGCCUAAGAGCUCUCAGACUAAUCCAAGGGGAAACAGAAAAAGAGGGAAACCACUCAGGAAAGAGGAUAUUGAGAUGGAUGAAACUAUAGAAGAAGAAGAUGAGGAGGAGAAUAUUUGUUUUUCUGCCCGGGACCUUUCACAAAUUAGAAAUGCCAUCUUUCACCUUUUGAAGAAUUUUUUGAGGCUUCUGCCCAAGUUUUCCCUGAAAGAAAAGCCACAGUGUAUACAGAAUUGUAUAGAAGUCUUUGUUGCAUUAACUAAUUUUGAGCCAGUUCCCCAUGAAUUUUGUGUUACCCAAACCAGAAGCCUCCACCAAGUAAAAUAUAUUCCAGAGCUGGCCUAUCAUGGAUUGUAUUUGCUGUGUUCCCCAAUCCAUGGAGGAGAUAAGGUUAUCAGUUGUAUCUUCCAUCAACUGCUAAAUGUCAUAUUAAUGUUAGAAGAAGGUGAAGGAUCUCAUCGUGCCCCACUUGCCGUUACUUCACAAGUCAUCAGUCGAAGAAAUCAAGCAGUCCAGUUUAUCAGCUCACUUGUGGAUGAACUGAAGGAAAGUGUAUUCCCAGUUCUUCGUAUCUUACUGCAACACAUCUGUGCCAAGGUGAUUGAUAAAUCUGAGUAUAGGACUUCUGCCGCCCAGGCCCUAGUGCAGCUGCUCAGUAAACUCCCUUGUGGGGAGUAUGCUGCAUUUAUCACCUGGCUUUACAAAUACUCACGAAGCUCCAAGAUCCCACACCGAGUUUUUACACUUGAUGUUGUCUUAGCUCUGUUAGAACUGCCUGAAAGAGAGGCAGAUAAUACUGUCCCCUUGGAGCAUCAGAAGUUCAUCAAGCAUAAGUUCUUGGUUCAGGAAAUCAUGUUUGACCGAUGUUUAGACAAGGCACCUACUGUCCGCAGCAAGGCACUGUCCAGCUUUGCACAUUGUCUGGAGCUGUCUGUGGCCAGUGCGUCAGAGAGUCUGCUGGAACUCCUUAUUAACAGUCCUCCAGUUCUAGGAAUAGAGAGUCAUCCUGGUACCUUAGCAAGAAAUUCAUCAGCUUUUUCUUCUCAAAGGCAGACUCUUAACCCUUCUGUUCCGUCAGAGGAGACCAACAUGGAUGGCAGUGGUAAAUCUGUUGGAGCCAGGGAAAGAUGCGUCAUGGAAAUGCUGAGGAAGAGAAUCAGGGAUGAAAAGACCAAUGUGAGGAAGUCUGCACUCCAGGUGUUAGUGAGUAUUUUGAAGCACUGUGACAUCUUGGGUAUGGAGGAAGACCUGUCGAUUCUGCAAGACCAGUGCAGAGACCCUGCAGUGUCUGUCCGGAAGCAGGCUCUGCAAUCCCUUACUGAACUUCUCAUGGCCUACCCGAGAUGCGUCCAGAUCCAGAAAGCCUGGCUGAUGGGAGUAAUCCCUGUGGUGAUGGACUGUGAGAGCACUGUGCAAGAGAAGGCCCUGGAGUGCCUUGACCAGCUCCUGCUACAGAACAUUAAGCAUCACAGUAAAUUUGACGGUGGGGACGACAGCCAGGUACUCGCAUGGGCACUUCUUGCUCUCCUCACGACAGAAAGCCAGGAACUAAGCCGCUAUUUAAAUAAGGCUUUUCAUAUCUGGUCCAAGAAAGAUAAAUUCUCCCCCACUUUUAUCAACAACAUGAUCUCUCACACUGGCACAGAGCAUUCUGCACCAGCCUGGAUGCUGCUCUCCAAGAUCACCUGCUCAUCACCCAAGCUGGACCACACCAAGAUAAUACAGUCCUGGGAGAAGAUCAGCAGUCAACAGAAUCCCCGUGCAGACACCCUGGGACACAUUCUGUGUGUUAUUGGGCAUAUUGCAAAGCAUCUUCCUAAGGGCACCCGGGACAAGGUUACAGAUGUCGUCAAAUGCAAGCUGAAUGGAUUUCAGUGGUCUCUCGAGUUGAUCAGUUCAGCUGUUGAUACUUUGCAAAGGCUUUGUAGAGCCUCCUCAGAGACACUGGUGGAAGAGCAGGACCUGCUAAAGCAAGUGUGUGGGGAUGUGCUGUCUACCUGUGAGCACCACCUCUCCAACAUUGUUUUGAAGGAACAUGGAGCAGGGACUGUGGACGAAGACCUGUUGGUGAAGUACAUUUUUACCUUAGGGGAUAUAGCCCAGCUGUGUCCUGCCAGUGUGGAGAAGCGAGUCUUCCUUCUGAUUCAGUCCAUCCUGGCCUCCUCUGCUGAUACAGAUCACGCCAGCCAGCCACCCUCCCAAGUCAGAGGCUCUGUCAUGCCGUCUGUGAUUAGAGCACAUGCUGUCAUCACCUUAGGGAAACUGUGCCUGCAGCACGAGGACCUUGCCAAAAAGAGCAUCCCAGCCCUUGUCCGAGAGCUUGAGGUUUGUGAAGAUGUGGCUGUCCGCAACAACGUCAUCAUUGUCAUGUGUGAUCUCUGCAUCCGGUACACUGUCAUGGUGGACAAGUAUAUUCCUAACAUCGCCAUGUGUCUGAAGGACCCAGACCCUUUCAUCCGAAAGCAGACACUCAUCUUGCUCACCAACCUCUUGCAGGAAGAGUUUGUGAAAUGGAAGGGCUCUCUGUUCUUUCGAUUUGUCAGUACUUUGAUAGAUUCACACCCAGACAUUGCCAGCUUUGGAGAGUUUUGCCUGGCUCACCUGUUGCUGAAGAGGAAUCCUGUCAUGUUCUUCCAGCACUUCAUUGAGUGCAUCUUCCACUUCAACAACUAUGAGAAGCAUGAGAAGUAUAACAAAUUCUCCCAGUCAGAGAGAGAGAAGCGGCUGUUUUCACUGAAGGGAAAAGCAAACAAAGAGAAACGAAUGAAAAUCUACAAGUUUCUUCUGGAAUACUUCACAGAUGAACAGCGAUUCAACAUCACUUCCAAAAUCUGCCUUAGUAUUUUGGCGUGCUUUGCCGACGGUGUCCUCCCUCUGGACAUGGAAGCCAGUGAGCUGCUCUCAGAUACAUUUGAGGUCCUCAGCUCCAAGGAAAUCAAGCUUCUGGCCAUGAGGUCUAAACCAGAUAAGGACCUGCUUAUGGAAGAAGAUGACAUGGCUCUGGCGAAUGCCGUCAUGCAGGAGGCCCAGAAAAAGCUCAUCUCCCAAGUUCAGAAGAGAAAUUUCAUAGAAAAUAUCAUUCCAAUUAUCAUCUCCCUGAAGACUGUGCUGGAGAAAAAUAAGAUCCCAGCUCUGCGGGAGCUCAUGAACUAUCUCAGGGAGGUGAUGCAGGAUUACCGGGAUGAAGUCAAGGACUUCUUCGCUGUUGACAAACAACUGGCAUCAGAACUUGAGUACGACAUGAAGAAGUACAACGAACAGCUAGCCCAAGAGCAAGAGCUGGCCAAACUGGCGGAGGCGACUAGGACCACAGACAGUGCCGACGGGGCGCAAGCAGUGCAGGCUGCUCCAGGCUUAGAAACGCCAGCUCCCCCUGGCCAAGAAAAUCCUGCUGUGCUCCCUGCCGUGCGCCAGCCCUCAACUCCCUGGUCAAGCACUGGCCAUGCACCAACCUUGCCUCCUACACAAGAAAUGGGACCAUUGAAAAUGUUAAUGCCCAAAGCCAGGCCCAUGUCCCUGAGCACCAUUGCGAUCUUGAAUUCCGUCAAGAAAGCAGUGGAGUCAAAGAGCAGGCAUCAGAGCCGGAGCCUGGGAGUUGUGCCUUUCGCUUUAAAUUCUGAAAGCCUGGACAAAACAAGCAAUCACGCAUCUUCAUACAGUUUGGAGCAAGUGUCCAAUGGAGCUAUUGACCUUGUCACUAAACGAGCCAUCAGCACCCCUGAGAAGACCAUCAAUGAUGUCACCUUUGGAGCAGGGGUCAGCUACAUAGGGACACCACGGACUCCUUUUUCAGCCAAAGAGAAAGCUGAAACACAGAGCCACGGAAAUGACAUUUUGUGUUUAUCAUUGCCGGACAAACCGCCUCCACAGCCUCAGCAGUGGAAUGUGCAGUCUCCAGCCAGGAAUAAAGACAACCCACCCCCCAGCAGGAGGUCCCAGCGAAAGACACCCCUGAAAACAGCCAACUGAAGCCUGCUCCAGAAGUGCCAGGAAGGCAAGAGUUUGAGGAGACUUUUUCUUUUCUCCUCUUCUCUCCCCUUUUCUAUUACGUACAAACCAUCGCGGAUCAUCUCUGUGGGCCAGUGGGCCGAGCCCCACAUCCAGGACCCAGCCACAAGCUCGGCCCAGCCUGCCAGCAGUCGUCCCCACACAUGGGGCCUUUCACGUUGCAGGUAACAGAACUGCUCAUGUCAUCCAUGAAUUCCACACACAUGUGUACCUAGCACCUUGGCGAUGCAGGCCAGCUUGUGUGCGUGAUGGCAGCACAGCAGCGGUCGGGAACAGUGGAGAAACACGGGUGUCUCAUGCAUGUGGGCAGGCAGAUGGACUGCCUCCUGCCUGCCUCAAGUGGUGCUUCACUAGGUAACCCCAAAGCUUGUCCUUGGAUGCCGCCAUUCUCUAAUGGCUCACCUGUGCUUAGCUGGCAGACCUUUUGUAUUUCUUUUAAUGAAAUGAAUUGUGUGGUUAAAAAUUUGUAAAAUAAUAGAGAAACACCACAUUUAGAUUUUCUUAUCCUAAACUUCAACUAUUUUAUAUUAUAACUUUACUCUAUUUGAAAAGUGUCAAGUCCAUUCCUAUUAAGCCAUAAUCUAGUUUUUAAAAAACACAACUCAAGAACUGCAGCUUUCUUGUAUAUGUCAAGCUUCUGUUAGCUUGUUUGAAUUCCUUAUAGUACAUAUUUUCCCAGAGUUAAUAACAAAAUUUUGACUGUAAUAUUUUUUCUAUUAUUUAUAAUUGCAGAUUUUUAAGAAGUGUACAGUUUUCUGAAAUAAAUAAAGGUUAAACAUAAAUCCA